UAUUUCGUGUAAUGGGUCUGAAACUUGUGUAUGAAAAUAUACACAUAUUGUAAAGAAUGUUCUGUAUUUUCGAAGUUGCAGUAGAGUGGUAUAUGCACAAAACUUAAACUAGUUUUUAAGGUAAAAUCAUCAAAAUUUAGUUUCCCUAGCUUUUGAAGAACAAAAAAUGUGCGAACAAUUUUUAUGUAGAUAAAUGUAGAUAAUUCUAAGUCAUUCUUAUUGAAAUAUCACGAUUCAUUGCGAUCUAGUCUAUUAUUUGAAGAGUCACUAAGGGAUCACGAUUAAUCGACAAAACUGAUGUGAUUUCAAUAAUAUGGGUAAUCAGAGACAAGAAUAUGUAUUAUUCUACCAAUGUUCUCUUUAUGAUUCCAUUUCAUCUUUCACCUACGAUAACAAGUGAGGUGUCGAUUUUGCCAACGAAUCCUAUAUAUACAACAUAAAUGACAAAGAAAUCACAAUAAGAUGGACUCGUUCACACACAAUGUAUUCUGCUUCAUUUUUCAGCAAGGACGGCGGCAAAAACAACAACGGCAACAGAAAUAGCAACAACAAUAGCAAUAACAGCAGCAACAACAACAACAACUACAGCAAAUACCGCAACAAUGGCAUCAACAACAACUGGUACUACGAUCACAGGAAGUCCAACCGGGGCCAUAACACGAGCAUAUGAUCCGACUGUUGGCAUAUGUAAUACAAUAGCUGGUGGAUCUACUGGUGGAUCUGGCAACAAUUAUCCAGUCACCGAAAAUCCAUAUAACGCGAUCGAUGGUAAUACAAAUACAAAAUAUCUCAACUUUGGAGAUGGAUCGACCGGCUGUUAUGGUUCAGCUCCUCCCGGAAUUAACACUGGAUUUUAUGUUACACCUACUAUAAGUAAUGCAACUGUUGCUAUUGGUCUUCUUUUUGCGACUUCAAACGAUUUCCCUACUCGUGACCCAACAAUGGUAACUCUUGAGGGAACAAAUGAAACAAGUAUUGCAGCUCUCAAUUCUGGAGCAAGUUGGACAUUGAUAUACAAUGGUUCAACAGGUAUUGAUUCAUAUAUUGAUUCCAAUCGUCUAACAUACGUUUCUCGACAAAAUUUCUCGAAUACAAUGGCCUUUAGUAGCUAUCGGCUUCUUGUAACUGCAAAACGUGGUGUUAGCAAUUCAGUUCAAUAUGCCGAAGCUCAUAUAAUGGGAUAUAUUUACAACUCUUAA